GCAUAAUCAUCGACGGUCACUCUCGUCGUCAAAUAGGCGCGGCGACACGGACAAAUGUUCCCUGUACAAGGCCGCUAGCUCGCCGUACAACUUUAUUAUCUGUUCGAAUUAUUGCUCCCCACAUCUGCAGUAUUGAUCAUGCUGAGCUCGGCGGCUAUUCCGACCUAUUUAGUAGUUCUCUUCUUAAUUCCAGGCACAUUUUCCCAAAAUGAAUUAUUUUACCGAAGUGAAACAUACUGUCGUCGGUUUGUUCCACCUAUGAUUACUUCAGCUUUGGGCUUGUGUACGUAUCCGUGUCUUUUAUUGUCUAACGAUCAACCCCCAAAAAUUCUGGUGAUCUCGGAGCCAGACGGAACUGUUUGCAAGAUCUAUAACAGAUUUCUGCAAACUCCGCAGGCUAGUGAAUGCCGAGCAGGGUUCUGCCAAGAAACGCAGGAUUACGGCAUAAAGAAGCGGAUGAAGAGGGACGUCAGCACCCCCGUAUCUUCCAGUCAACAAAAUAGUUCUGCUGCCCAGAAACAAUUGAGCAGUAGGCGUGGCUCGGAAAAGCCAAAGAUUUCACGAAGACAGCGAAUUGAGGAGAGGAGAAGACAGAUGUGGGCUGGUUGUGAUUGCGCUAACAUGAGGGGAUUAUUCAUUGACAUGAGUUAUCCACGAAGCGCCUUAAGCAUAGGAAGGAGCGGUAGAAGAGGACGGCGCUGUAAAGUAGGUUGCCGAGUUAUAUGUAUUUUCCUUAUUAACAGAUACAAGCACGACCCGAAGUGGGCCAACCUUUUUGAAGCUGCUAUCGGCACUUCGCCAGGGGGCAAUACAGGUAAUAACACUAUCAGCAAUCAAACAGGUACCACAACGAGCAGGAUAAAUGCAGUUGGUCCCAAUUCGGGAUCGAGGUUUGUUGGAGUAAAUGGCUCAGGUUCAAUUGGAAGUGCCGGGACAGGAUUGACGAGUAAUCAACCCACCGGACCACCUCCUGCCGCAGGUGCUCAUAACGGUGCCAGUGUCAUUAACGCUGGUGGUGGGAGCGGCGGAGGCAGUACCACAAGUGAAAAUACCGGUUCCAAGAAUGUUGGCUCUGCUAGUACCAGUAUCAAUGGGGGGACAUCGGCUAUUGCAUCGACUACUUCAGGCGUUAUGACCAUCGGCGUGUCGUCAGGAGGCAAUGGACAAAAUGGUAGUAGCAGAAACGGCCCUGUUGUCAGUGCCCAGAUGCCCCCCGCUGGUGGUGGUGGUGGUGGUAUAUCAGCGGGUGGUCUCAGGGUCUCUGGCAGUGAAAGUGGUAGCAGCACUACUAGCAGUAGAAAUAUUAAUGGACAUCCUCUCCAAAAUACUGGAAUAUCGGGUGUUACCGCUCCAUCAUCUGACACCACCAGUGCUAGUUCAAGCCAACGAGGCACACAUAGCCCGGAUAUUGGUAGUGUUGGCGGCGGCUUAAGCGAAGGAGUUGGCACAGAGUCCCUAAGGAAGAACGGCAGUGAUAUCAAUACCAGCGAAUCAUUAAUAAACGGCUCCAAUGGCCAUCUUAAACCGAAAGUCGAAAAUGCUGCUGGUGCCAGCACCAUGACUUCUCGUGGAACUGGCAGUGGCAAUAGCAUUCCUGUCGGCAAUCAAACGGUCGGUAAUGGUGCGCUAGGAGCAGACACUGGCGGACUACCCAGGCAACUAAGUGCUGGCUCUCCUACGAGCACAGUGGCAGGUGGGCCAGAAAAUGCCGGUGGUUUAAGCCCUGCUACCUCCAGCUCUGUUAGUAAAGUCGGAACUAGUUCUCUUGGAAGCGGAUACGGGGCACGGCCUAUUUCUGGGAGCAAUAUACCAGUCAAUUUCGGUGGUGCUUACGGUACUGGGGCAAAUGGCUUUGGUAGCACUGACAGUCGACCAUUGGGCCCAGCUGGUGGCGCAUAUAGUGGAAUGAGCCCAGGCUAUGGAAACACUGGAAGCUUUGGGAAUAUGCCGGGCGUGCAGCCAUAUGGCGGGGCCGGUCGUUAUGGUAAUAAUGCACGCUUCCCCGGAGACUUCGGUAUCUACGAGGAUGAUAUCUUCUUUCAAGAUUAA